AAAAACCCUCGCUUGGCUGGUUCGUCGCUUCUCUCCGUGCCAGUCCACCCAGUAGAAAUCGUGCGAAGACGAAGAGGUUCCUGCUUGAACUGCGAAGGUUAGGGUUUUGAUCGUCAAAUGAUCCAUGGAUGAAGUGGUUGGAGAAGGCGCUUCAGUCCUAGCCGAGUCCCAUCCACCGGGCGAGGAGCGCACGCAGCUGGAGGCCGUCGAUAUCGGCCUAACUCAGUUUGACCAGGCGGACCGCAGGGGUGAAGCGGAUUAUUAUGCCGUUGAUAAAGGCUCCUCCUCAUUGUCGUUCCCCUCCGGCUUUGAUGCGAGCGCUCCGGAUCUUUUCGAGGCGUCGGAGCCCCUAGUCGAUGUCAGUUCCACCAGUGGUGACGGCACCGAUGGUGGGCGGGUGGCGGUAAUCGAUGUGGAUGACACGGAAAAUCCUCAGUGUGAGCGGGCAACUGGUUGUAUGACUGGGUUACCGGUGCCUCAGGGCUCCGCUGCUCCUCCCCUAUCUAACGGAGGAACUGAGAAAGCUAUCGCCUAUGAGCUUGAUUCUUCCAAAAUUGCUGUGGUUGAUGCUGAUACACUCCAAGAGGAGGGGAAGGCAGAGAGCGACCAUAUUCUGCAUUGCCAUCAAGUGAAGAACGAUGAGCAAGUAGGAACUUUGAUGCCUCAGGGGCCAGCUGAUGUUUCCAAUUGUGAUUUUGAUGGCGGUAAUCCAAAAAUCCCCGUGUCUGAGGCUGACACAAUUAUUUCCAGCCAUGCCACUGCUUCUGCUGUUUCUUCAGAUAUGGAAGUGUCAAAGAUGGAGGUGGAUACCACUACAAUUUCGCAACAUUGCAAGGACAGUUUCCAGGGAGAAGCAGUGCAUUCUCAAGGAGCAUCUGCUGUUUUUCCCUUCAAUUCUGAUGGUGUGAAAUUUUCAUCUUUUGAAAGUGACAAUGGUAUUAGUGCCAUAGCCAAUGUUGAUGUUGUGGAAGAAGCAGUUUUAAAAAUGGAAGUGGAUAGUUUCCCAGUGUCUGAAUGGCAGCAAGGGAAGGAGCAGGACAGUAUUAAGGAGGAGGACAGUGUUAAGGAGGAGGUUUUGGUGCCUCAGAGCUCUUAUAUCAUGCCUUCCUCUGGUUUUGAUGGUGAUCUUUUGAACUGUGAUGCCUUUGAGAUUACCGAUGCUCCCACCACUGCAGCUGGUGAUAAUCUUGUUCACUUUGCAACGUUGAAGGUGGAUGUUGAUACUGAAGCAAUUGCCGAAGGCAAGCAAGUCACCUGUGAAGAAUCUGAUGUUUUGAGGCACGUGUCAUCCAUCUCUGAGAGUGCACCUGAGAAAGUAGAGCCUUGUGAGCCCGUUAGUGUUGCCAUGCCAGGUGAUAAUGAUGCUAUGAAAGUGGAUAUGACAUUUACAGAUAUUGAUCAACUGGGUAAUGGGACACUUCCCAUAUGUGAACAGACCGUGGAUGUUGUGGUGGCUGAUAUUUCAAUGUCCAAAGACUCAUCUUCUGAGUUUCCUUUUGAUUCUGACCAUGGACUUCAGGACAUUUCUGUACAUGAGCCUGAUGUGACCACCAUUUCACUUGACAGUGCUGAUGUUGUGGAUGACGAAGCAAUGCAAAUGGAUGGAGAUGAUAGAGCUACUAUCUUGCAAAGAGGUGGACGGAGGAAGAGGGGUCGACCAUCAAAGACUCAAGUUGGUAGAACAUCAAGGCAGAAAGAAGCUGAAGAGGUGUGUUUUAUUUGCUUUGAUGGAGGUGAUCUUGUGGUUUGUGAUCGUAGGGGUUGUUCAAAGGUGUACCAUCCUUCAUGUGUCAAUAGAGAUGAGGCUUUCUUCUGUGCAAAGGGUCGUUGGACAUGCGGUUGGCAUAUAUGUAGCAGCUGUGAGAGAACUGCUCACUACAUGUGCUUUUCCUUCACAUACUCUUUAUGUAAAGGGUGUAUUCAAGAAUCUGGAUUUAUUUGCCUUAGAGAAAAUAAAGGGUUCUGUGAAGCUUGCAUGAGCACUGUGAUGCUGAUAGAGACAAAGGAAUAUGGGAAUGGACAAAUGAUUACAGUUGAUUUUGAUGAUAGAAGUAGUUUUGAAUAUUUGUUCAAGGACUACUAUAUAGCUCUGAAAGCAAAGUUGUCAUUGACAUUAGAUGAGUUGAUGAGCGCUAGAAAUCCAAUCAAGAAAUCUGAUGUUGCCACACUAACUAAUGGUUCUGGUAAUUUGCGUAAUCCUAGAGAACAGCAGGUAGCAUCUUCAGACAGCUCUUCAGACCAUAAAGAAAGAACUUCUAGGAGGAAAAUUAGAAAAAGAUCUAAGAAAUUUAUCAAUGACAAAGGGUCAGUAAAAGGAGAUUAUGUUGGUACAUCUGUCUCCAGGAACUCUGAGUGGGCUACGGAUGAACUUUUGGAGUUUGUAGCACAUAUGAGAAAUGGGGAUAUAUCUGCUUUAUCCCAGUUUGAUGUUCAGGCUCUUUUGCUUGACUACAUAAAGAAGCAUAAUCUUCGUGAUCGCCGUCGGAAAAGUCAGAUUGUUUGUGAUCCAAGGCUUGGAAAUCUUUUUGGAAAAGAGCGUGUGGGGCAUUUUGAAAUGUUAAAACUCCUCGAGUCACAUUUUCUCAUAAAAGAGGUAACAACACUAGAUAGUGAAGACAAGCAAGGAGGUAUAGUAGAUCCCGACUCUGACCCAGCAAAUGCUAAAGCAAAUAAUGAUCCAUCCACAAAGUUAACUCUUGAUAAGAGACACAAGGUUCAGAAAAAGGUGGAGGAUAAGGAACUUCUAAACAAUCUUGAUGAUUAUGCAGCAGUAGAUGUUCACAACAUUAGCUUAAUGUAUCUGCGUCGUAAUUUAAUGGAGAACUUGAUUGAGGAUGAUGAAUUUGAGGAGAAAGCAAUUGGAUCCUUUGUAAGAAUAAGGAUUUCUGGGCUGGGACAAUGGCAAGAUAUGUACCGGUUGGUCCAAGUUAUCGGUUCAGGCAAAGCAACAGAACAAUACAAAAGUGGAAAGGGGAUGACUGAUGUAACACUUGAGAUACUAAAUUUAAACAAGAAGGAGAUUAUUACAAUUGAUAUCAUCUCAAAUCAGGAGUUUACCGAGGAGGAAUGCAAACGCUUAAGGCAGAGCAUUAAAUGUGGGUUUAUUGGACGACUAACAGUGGGAGAAGUUCUGGAGAAGGCAAUGUCUCUCCAACAUGUAAGAGUAAAUGAUUGGUUGGAAAGUGAGAAAUCGAGGCUUGGUCAUCUUCAUGAUCGUGCUAGUGAAAAAGGCCGCCGGAAAGAGCUUAGAGAAUGUGUGGAGAAGCUACAACUGUUGAACACGCCUGAAGAGCGAGACCGCAGGCUGAAUGAAGCCCCUGAUAUACACACCGACCCACAUAUGGACCCAGACUUUGAGUCUGCAGAGGAAGAAGAGGCAGAUGUGGGAAAGCAUGAUUUCUAUGACAAGUUGAGAGAAUCUUCUUUCACUAGGAAUGGGAGGGAGGUAAAGUCUCCUGGGAAAGGAGGUUCAACCGAAAACUGGAGUAGUUUCCGGAAAAACUCAAACGUUUGUGAGUCAAACAGUUCUCAAAUUCAAGUUAGGCCUUUGUCAGAUUCCUUUUCUGGGAGACGUGUUGAUGCAACUGAUUUUUCCUUGAACCAGUCUAAUGACACGCACCAGCUAGUUUCUGAGGUUCCAAAAAAUUGUGUACUUGCAAGUGCACCAGAUGGCAGUCUGUACAACGAGAAGCAUCUUUCAAUGGAACAAUCAUCUGAGGGUCCGCAUGGUAAUCAAAAGGCAUCAUUGCCAGUUGGGAAUGUAACUAAAUCAAACACAAGUGAAUCAGAAACGAUUUGGCAUUAUAAAGAUCCAUCCGCAAGAAUCCAAGGACCAUUUUCAAUGUCUCAAUUGUGCAAGUGGAGUACAACUGGAUACUUCCCUCCUAAUUUGAUGAUUUGGAGAACUUCUGAUAAGCCUGAGGACUCUAUCACGUUGACUGAUGCAAUGGCAGGGAAAUUUGAGAAAGACUUGCCAGAGUGGGAACCUCCUUCUAAGAACACUGAGGACUUAGUUGAUGUUUCACCUACUUCAUUUAGUGUGGAAGGAAAUUCAGAAAGUGUUCGGAGAGGAAGUAAGGAAAAUACACAAAAGGUGAAGCCUUCUUCCUGGUCAUCUACAAACGUGGAUGCCCCUUCCAGCACAUCACCAAAUGCUGCCAAUAUUAGGGUUGGACAAGGACAAAAAAAAAGCCAAUUGAGUCACAGCCUAAUAGUCAGUACUAUGUGAAUUCUCAAUUCAAUAGCAACUCUACAAGUAAUCAAUUAUCCAGUACCAUUACAAAUAUCUCACUAAAUGACUCGUAUCAGCUGAGAAAUGAUUCUUCCAAUGUACCUACUCUGACUUCACAACCAAGCAGCCAAGGUUGGUCAAAUGCCAAAGGUUUUGCAAAUAAACAUAUGGCACCUAAUGUUUCUGUCCAUGACACGGCUUCAGGCUGGGUUACUCCUACAGGAGGCAUGGAGGAGAUAGUGUUUUUAAGAAAUACGGCAAAUUCAUUAACAGAACUUGGUUCGGGCUACACAGUUUGUGCCUGAUCAAGCUGUUGUUCGAGAUGGCGGAAAAUCUCUUCACGUUGCAUCUGUUCUGGAACCUGAAAUGAAGAGGCCCCGGACCCAUGAAGGAGCAGCAAAUGAGACGAGUUUUUCUGAAUAUAAUCAAGCAGCCUCUCAGUCGGCUGACCAGAGUCAAAUUCUUCUCACACAUGAUCAAAACCACCCUGGAAAACAUUCACUGACAACACAAGGUAGAUCAUCUGAUGGUAUUGGACCAACUAAUGAUCCUGUUGCCUGUGUUCAAAUUGUGACUUCACAAAAGUUUGAAAACCUGAUGUCAGUACACCCUCAGUCGAUGCAACUAGAAAAUUAUUUGUUCAAACAGAUGCUUCAGAGUCUAUCUUAGCUCAGAGAUCACAAGCUUCUGCAGCUCCAAAUUCUGAGCUUCUGAAUCCAGCAAACUUUGAAAUUCCAAUACACAUGAGCAACACUAAUAAUCAAAUGGCAUCAUCGAACAUGGCACCUUAUGGUUGGAGCUCUGCUCCCAAUUCUGCUGCAGCUAGCAACGAUAAUACCCAAUUGCUCUGUUCUAAUGGUUCUAACCCACCAUCUUCACAGUUUGGAUCAAAUGCCAAUAUCAUAUCUGUAAAACCAACACAGAUGGGAUUUGUUAAUGGAUCUAAUAUUCAAAACUCAAUAUUUCCGAUGGCUUCACAAAACCCAAGCACAAAUCCAGGUUCUACACAAGGGACUGGAAGUUGGACAGCAGUGCCUCAAGGAAACAUGAACAUUGGCUGGGGAAUGGUAGCUCAGAACAAUAUGAAUAUGCCUUGGGGACAGACUACUCAAACACUUGCAGAUUUUAACAUGUGUUCGGGGGUACAAAAUCAGGUAAAUCCUAUGGUGAGCCCUGGUUGGGCUGCACCGGCACCGGCACCGGCACCGGGAAACACAAAUAUGAAUGCAGAUUGGGUAGCCCCAGCAAUGGGUAACACAAAUCAAACUCCUGGAUGGGGAGCUCAAUUGCAGGGAAAUUUUCCCAUGAAUCCCGUUUGGGCCAUGUUUAUGCCAGGACAGCCAAACCCUAGCCCUGGCUGGGUAGCUCCUCUACAGCCAAACACAUGCCACACUAUGGAAACAUCUGCACAAGCCAUGAACAUGAAUCCGGCUUGGGGACCAGGACAAGGAAAUAUUAAGCCUUCAAUGAAUCCACCUGUUGGAAAUCCUCAGAGCUUUAGUAGUCAACCACCGCAAGUGAAUCCACCAGUUGGAAAUCCUCAGAGCUUUAGUAGUCAGCCACCCCAGGUGCAUCCACCAGUUGGAAAUCCUCAGAGCUUUAGUAGUCAACCACCCCAGGCUGGAGACAGACGUACAGGCCAGGGUGACAACCCGAGGGCCAAUGACUCGAGACAACCAAAUCCGAGAUCAUGGAACAGGAUGCAGCCUGGAGGAUCAUCAGCUCCCCCAAGAGUAAACACAGGCGCAUGCUGGUUUCAUGAGAUGGGGCACUGCAAGAAGGGAGCAUCAUGGAAGUAUUUCCAUUCAUGAUUUCAGAAAGAACCUAAAGCAUCUUUAUCUUAUUUUGUUUUCUUUAGGCCUAUUUCUGUAUGCAUUUAAGUUGUAUUUUGUGGUGCAUGUAAAAUUUUGAUGAAGUUGAAAGAUCUUAAAAGUUGUCACCCA